ACAGCACCGAGAUCAUUCUAGACUCUUAUCGAAAAGAAAAGGAUGGUUUAUUACAGAAACAGUUGCUCAGAGAGGAACAGAAGAUAGCCACAUGUAGGUCUGGAUGUUCGCAAGUUGCAUUCGUAACAUAUAAAAGUGAAAUAAUAUGUGGUUCAGCUUUCAUUGUUUGUUCAUCGUUAGGCUCGAAUACAUUAUCAUUGCUUAACAUUGGGAAAGUGCAUUUUUCUAUAUUUUACGAAAUCAUUAAAAACAAAUUGUUGGUACACCGCCUGUAACUUUGAGAUAACAUUAUUACGCUGAUAAUGGGCCAUAUACUUACGGUGUUUGUUUACCUGUUUUUGGCAUUAAUACUAUUAGUAACAUACACGGAGGGCACGAAAUGAAAAAAUGGCUUAACAAGCUUGGGACGAGGCCAGGUGCGCCUUCUACUACCGUUGACGCUUGUAGAAAAGGACAUAAAUAUGUGGGAUUGAAUUAAGGAAAGGCAUAUAUGAAAAUUGAACCACUGAGAAUUCAAAGUAAUAAUUAAAUAAAAGAAAUACAUCAAAACACAACAACAAAUACGAACUACUUUAGUAAGACAGAAACCAUUUUUAUAUUUUGAAUAAAACUGCCGUAGUGACCGAUGGAUUUUAUUAGAAGGCGCACUAAAAAGGUUAUAAUACAUGUACCUUAUAAACUGAAGAAAAUAAAGCACACACAUACCGUGUACAAGACGAUUCAUCACCAUCAUACCCACCACGAUCCGAAUUCCGAUUACAACCUAUCACCUUCUGAAGAGCACGAGCACUUCCAUCACGUGCAUCUGCAUGAGGAACCGCCUACAGGACAAUACAACCAGCCUAUUCCAGGAGUCGAAAUUCCAGAGUUCUUACCGGAUGAUGAUUUGCUUUCCCCACUUGACAUUCCAGAUAUACCUAAUGAAAUCAGAGGGCUGACACCGCGACUUCCCAUGUCUCUUUACAAGUUAAAGAAUAUUAAAAGAGACGACUGACCGCACUACAAGUAAUUUUAGAUAAGCUAAGAUAAAACUUAAAUAUAUUGAAUAAACUUAUGAAUUCUAAUCAAAAUAAAUUAUUUAUAGACUUAUUAUUUAUUCGUAGCUUUUCAUUCGUUUUUGAUAGAUUUAAAAAAGCGGACUUGUUCUUGCCAGUAAAUAAUUAAUUGUAAUAAUAUAAAUCUUUUGUAGUUGUUAUUACAUGUUAUGUUAGUUUUUUUAUUAAUAAAUAGCAAUUACUAAAAACAAACUAAA